AUGCAGCCAGUUUCCUCAACUACAAGGCUCUCAAAAGGGUGUGGCAAAGUUCAUGUAUUCGUUAGAGAAGACGCUGCUCACUAUGCCCUCCAGCUCAUCAAGCAACUCAGUGCUACACCUACCAUCAGUGCGCAAGGAGGUCCCGCAACCCUCGACGCACAGGCUGCUCUAAGAGCGAAUAAAGAGGUCUUCUUUUUUCGGCUGGAACGUGAGAUAGAAAAAGUCAACGUGUUUUACCUCCAAAAAGAGGCAGAGUUUUCGCUUCGUCUAAAGACAUUGCUUGACAAGAAACGAGUCAUACAAGCGAGAAUAGCAGCCAGCUCCAGACUCUCUGCUAGUUUCGCGACGUUAGUCGAGGGGUUUCAACAGUUUGACAAUGAUCUCAACAAACUUCAACAAUUUGUCGAAGUCAACGAAACCGCAAUUUCAAAAAUUUUGAAAAAGUCAAGAACGAAAGAGAUAUACUUGCAACGAGCUGUCGAAAUCCAGCCAUGCUUCAACCGCGACGUGCUUCGGGAUCUCUCAGACCGAGCCACAACAGCGAGACUCGAUUUGGAGGCAUGGGCUGAGGGCGAGAAUAUUCAGUAUGAGGUUUCUAGGCAACAGGAUCGCAUGAUUGGACAACGCGUGGGCACCGAAGAGAGUGACAUUGACAUUCAGAUUCUCCAAGCCUCUGCCGCUGGCAACAUUGGCGCCCUACGCGAAUGGUUUGCCAGACUAGGCAACUCUCUAGACGCACGCGACCGUUUCACUAGGAUAUUCCUCGCUACCAUCUCUGAGGCACCUGAUGAUUCUUUGAUUCUAUUCCUGAACUCUGGCCUGGUCGAUAUUCACGCCGAAGAUGACAUUAACGAACGGAAUUGUUUGCACGAAGCGGCAAUUUACGGCAAAGAUAUUGUUUUGGACUAUGGUCUCGAUCAUGGAGUUGAUCUGACCCGUUUGGAUGUUUAUGGUAGGGUAGCGUUGCAUUAUGCAUGCCUGAGAGGACGACUUGCAAUGGUCGAGAAAUUAUUGGCAGCAGGACCGAACACAAUCGACAUGAAGGAUCAUGACAACUUCACGCCGUUGAUCCACAGCAUUGUCCGUCACCGGGUCGACUGUGUUCGCCUUCUCCUCGCAAACAAUGCACGGAUCGACCCACAAUCUGACGCAGAUCAUAUUCCCUUGAACUUGGCCUGUCAGCAUGGGUCUAUCGAAGUUGCAACCUUGUUGUUAGAAAGAAACGCAAAACUUCUUCCUGAUGCAGAAGGCCUUUUCCCUCAACAUCUCGUGGCUCGAUCGAGCCAAAAAGCCGAUCUUCUUCUGAUUCUACGACAACAUGGAGCAGAUCUGAACCAGCGCGAUAAGUUGUACCAAUGGACACCACUGUUUCAUGCCGCAAGCGAAGGUCGAGUCGAGUGCUUGCGGGUAUUGCUCGAAAAUGGUGCUGAUCCCGAGGCGCUGGACGAAAAGGGCCUUACAGCAAUGUAUUAUGCGACAUGGGAAGGUCACCUUGAAUGUAUGGAACUUCUCUGGGAGCAGAGCAGCCAUCACCGGGCCGAACGCAGGUCUUCCACGAUGCUAGGAGCAGUGGUCCCUCCUCAUAGCCAGAUGCUCGCAAUGGAGAUCACCCCAGAAGAGCCUACAGGAGCUGAUGCCGAUGGUAUCCCUGAUCUGUCGCUGCCGCCACCAAUUAUACCUCUGCGCCGCUAUGGACAUAACUUCCUCGACACGAAAACCUUCAUUGCCCUCAACUUUGACCGUACGUCGAAAGCUAUACAAUUCUUCAAUGAAGCAAGGUAUCCUGCCGCUCGCUUGACCAUAUCUUCGAAGACGUCCGACCUCAUUCCUCGCAAUUUGAUGCUACCUAUACAGGAGGACGCUAGGUCUGUCUACUUCCAGGUGGAUAAUCUCAGCGCCUUCUCUGUGGAUUUCGAAAUCUACCCGACCUUUGGAUCCAAAGUGAUAGCCAAGUCGGUCGCCCUUCCGGAUGUUUUUCGCGCCAUCGAGAGCAGCGCUGGCACGUGUUGUCUUCCACUGUUUGACCCGCGGCUUCGGUCGGUGGGUCAGAUACAGUUCGAUUUCCAAGUCAUCAAGCCGUACAAGGGUACUCCGCUUGAGAUUACACAGUUCGCACCAUACUGGAAGGCCACGAGCGCCUUAGACGAUCACGGCGGACUUGUGACAGGCUCGAGUCUCUCUGGAGACUACCUCAGACUAACGAUACAGCUUACCCGGGACGGUAUUCCAGUAAGCCAUCCAUCUUAUUUUGUGACAUACAACAGCCUCGACGUCUCGCUCUGUCAGCUCAAAUACGAAGUCCUGAUGAAACUUGGGAUGGCUAGCGGCCUUCUCAAUAGCGAUGGGACGCCGAUACUGGAAAGCAUGGAUAUCAUCGAAUGGCGAGACCGCCUGUCUGGCUCAGUCUUUGCCCUCCACGAGAUCCUAACAGCGGUACCGCCGCACAUCAACCUCAAUCUGCACGUGCUUUAUCCGACAAACCAUGAGGAUCUCAAUCUGGGCGUCUAUUCGAACAUUGACAUCAACACCUUCGCGGAUGCGAUUCUGACCGAAGUCUUUGAUCACGCGAGAGCCUUGCGCGCCCAAUCCGCAGACCUGACUCGUUCCAUUGUCUUCUCUUCAUUCAACAGCAACGUCUGUACCGCCCUGAACUGGAAGCAACCAAACUUCCCGGUCUUACUCUGCAACGAUUUAGGUGGCGUGCACAACGCCUACCAAUCAUCCGCAAAUCUGCUCAAACCAGCCUCUCGACGGGGGACGUCAAUCAAGGAGUCUGCGCGCUUGGCACAGCUAAACAACUUCAUGGGGUUGACCUGCUCUUCACGGAUUUUGCAGAUGGUGCCUGCUUUGACGGAAACCAUCAAACAGGCUGGGCUAGUGCUUGUAUCUGAUGCCUCGGCGGACGACGAUAGUGGGGCCCAACAGCAGUCUCACUUGCCAGGGCAAGCGCAGGGCUCGGGCUUCGCCAUGAUACCGGAGGGCGUCAGCGGGGUUAUGAAGACGAACGGCAUUCUACGAUUCAACGAGACGGUCGACAUGUGA